AUGGGUCCUCCACCAAACCCUGCAAAAGACGCAGACUAUUCAAAGCAGAAUACCAAUACGCUUGACGCGACAAGUAAACUUAAUCGACCGAAUUCUGAUUCUCCACAGGCGAAAAUUACCACUACCACCACCUCCGUGAAAGCGAAUGGAACCCCACAACCAGCUGCUUCAGCACCUAUUACCACCACUACAACUCCUGCUGAUACUCCUGCUGUGCCAACACAAGUCAACACUAAUGCGCCUUCCGAUUCUACCCCAAAGCUCUCCGGCGCCGAGCUGAAGAAGAGGGCCAAGGCCGAGAAAGCUGCGAGGCGAGCGAAGGAAAAAGAAGAGCGCGAGCAAGCUUCUGGGAGCGGCACUGCGGCCAGUGGCGGUGGCAGCGCCAGCGGAAAUGCAAAACAGCAAUUAAACCAGCCAUUGUCGAAGAAGGGGCCUCCUGGGCCUCAGGCGCAAAAAAUUGCUGAGACCGGUGGCUCGGGCGGGAAAGGACAGAAACAAUUUGGGACUGGUGGGGGAGGAGGGGGAGGAGGAGGAGCUGCUACUGCCGGGCGGCGUGCCUCGGUUUCAUAUCUUAACACUACGGAAUUGUCGAGGAAGAAGAAGUGGGAGGAGGAAAAUAUGGCUGUUAGUAAGACGGUUGCGAUGUUCAGUCAUUUGUCGUUGCAGAACCACCGAGGGACAAUCGCAGGAGCGGGAAAGGAGAUUCAUCCUGCUAUUUUGGCACUGGGGUUACAGAUGAGGGAUUAUGUGAUUUGUGGGAGUAGUGCGAGGUGUGUGGCCAUGUUGCUGGCCUUUAAAAGGGUGAUCGAGUCUUACACUACACCCGUUGGGACAUCGCUAGCACGCAACUUGACAACACAUCUCUCACACCAAAUCUCAUAUCUUUCAUCCUGUCGACCACUUUCCAUAAGCCAGGGCAACGCGAUUCGUGCUAUAAAACUUGCCAUUUCAGCUGUAGACCCAUCCUGUCCUGAAGACGAAGCCAAAGAGGCACUAUGUGAGUUCAUCGACGGGUUUAUCCGUGAAAAAAUAACAGUUGCGGACCAGGUGAUUGCAAACAGCGCAGCUCAAAAAGUCAAUGAUGGUGAUGUCAUCCUCUGCUACGGCGGGAGCAACAUUGUCCAGCAGACCCUACUUACGGCCCACCGUCAGGGCAAAAAGUUUCGCGUCUCAGUAAUUGAUUCCCGUCCCCUUUUCGAAGGCAAAAAACUUGCCCGUACCCUUGCCAAUGCUGGACUACGAGUGCAAUAUACGCUGGUUCAUGCCAUCAGUCAUGCGGUAAAGGAAGCAACCAAGGUAUUCCUAGGCGCCCACUCCAUGACGAGCAAUGGCCGCCUUUUCAGUCGCGUUGGCACCGCCCUCGUCGCAAUGUCUGCAAAGGAGCCGGUUGGCGGCAUAAACAUUCCUGUGAUUGUAUGUUGCGAAACAGUUAAGUUCACCGACAAGGUAGUUCUUGACAGCAUUGUUCUCAACGAAAUGGCCGAUGCGGACGAGUUGGCCACUAGCGAACCCUCACAUCAACUAACUCAGCCACCACUGACAAAAAGCACCAAGCCGGGCUCUGCGGCUAACCAAGGCUCUGCUUCGACGGCUGAUCCAGCUCCCCACACCGUCAUUGAUCCGAACAAUCCUCUCCAACACUGGAAGGAGAAACCAGGCUUACAGCUGUUGAAUAUCAUGUACGACGUCACACCCGCUGAGUAUAUCGAUAUGGUCAUUACGGAGAUGGGGAGUUUACCUCCCAGUGCUGUGCCGAUCGUUCACCGGAUGAGCACGAAUUCCUGA